GUUUCAUUUUUGGUUCUUCGUGUUUCCCGCCUUUCUUAAGUUUGGACUCUGGAGUUAGAAGCCGUUAGUGUUUAUAAGUUAAUUCGAUCAAGCAGUUCCUAUUUCCAUGUUCAUUUUCUUUUAGCCAAACGAUUCUCUCUCGUAUUUUCUUUCUCCCUCAUCACAACCUAACAAAAACACUAUCACAGUCUAUCGUCACUCUCAUUCAUUCAGUCGCGGAAAUAAAAAUUCCUACCUUCUCUUACCCCCUUCAUCUUCCGGAUUCCUUGUCCAUUGAGUUUUCUACGCUUCUCGGAUAGAUCAAAAACUUUAGCAACCUGAAGGAAUGACUGAAGAACACAAGGAAUCCUCACCUGCAGAUUCAAAGGAGAAAAAAUCAUCGCGAGGUGAUGAAAUUGGAAAGAAAUUUCUUAGCUCCUGGAAGUCCAUGUCAAUGGCAGAUGAUGAUGCAAUUGACUUUGACUUUGACACUGUUUCUAAAGGAAAGAAGAAGCCAUUUGAUUUUGAAAAAAUGGACCUUAAUUUUAAUCUGGAUGGUGAGUUUGAUAAGAUAUCAUCAUUUAAGUUGGACAUGUCAGAUCUUGAUUUUACAUGCCCACCAAAGAAGAGUUCCCAGUCUAAGGAUAAGAAAGGAGAAAUUUCUGGUGCAAAAGGAGGAAAGCAAGAUGAGUUUAAUUUCAGCUUUGAUUUUAAUGAGUUGGAUAGCUUCAAUCUUGAUUCAAGCUUCGUGCAAGUAGAUACUACUUCCAACGGUAGUCCGAGAAAAAAGGUUGUAAGCAACGAAGGAAGUGAUAAAGAAGGUGCUAAAAGGCCUAAAACCAAUAAUGAUGAAGGUGCUCAUGCAUCUGUUGAUAGCACGGCUGUUAAGUCCCAUGCACCAGAGGAGCUUGAAACUUUUAAGGCUGAGACUAUGGUUGGUAGCCUAGGAAAUCUAGUUUUGAGACAGGAUGGUCCUGUUUCCAGAAUUUCAUCCUCUGGGAAUCUUGACAUGCAAGAAAUAGACUUACCUGAGAAGGAAAAUUUUACAGAAUCAGUAUCUGAGCAGGUUAACAAUGUCCCAUGUUCUCAGUCAGUAGGUCAGAGUGAUUCAGAACAGCACACUAUCUCAGACCAGCAUACAGAGGUUAUUUCAUCUGGAACAAGAGUCAGUAAUGUAUCUGGAGAUAAACAAGAGAUUAAUCAUAGGACAACAUAUCAAUGUACGGAAAUGUUUUCUUCUGGAACCAGAAAAAUCAAUGUUUCGGAUGACAUGCAAGAGAUUAAUGAUAAGGCAACAAAUAUGAAGCCUGAUACCGUUGACCUACAAUUGGAGCGUUCCUCCCCACAUCACAUCACUAAGUCAGAUAACAGUGUUGAUGAAGCAAUUACUCUAGAAAGAAAUGCCCAAGGAGUCACUAAUGACCCUCAGCCAGAAAAUAGGUAUACAAGUUAUGAAAAUAAUUCUAGAGCUGAGGCCUUGAACAAGAUUUCAUGUGACAAUGGGAGCAAAGAAAAUAAAGAAACAACUUUAGUGUGUGAUUUGGGUCUUGCAAGCAGUAAAUCUGUAGUGGAAAACAUGGUGUUGAUUAAAGAUAAUAAACUCCAUGAUAUGCAGUCAAGUGUGUUUUGCACACCAGAGGGCAACAGACCUUUAAAACAACCGUCAUCAACAGUUGGGACCAAGGGUAUUUCCCUUGGCAACAAAAAGAAUGCUGACAUGGUCCUUGGAUCCAUCACUCAAAAACGGGAGAACUUUGGGUCAAAAGACACAAGAUCUGGAAGCAAAAUGACAGGUGUUUCCAUCACGGAUUCGAGCAAACUAAUGAGGGAUGCGGCAGCAUUGCUUGGUAGUAAAGAUCAUCUUAGAAGUAGUAGCAAUACCAGGGAGGGCAUUGUUUCUGAUGUUACACCAUGUUCAGGAAAGUUGGCAGGAAAUAAACAAUCAUUUUGCGAAGAAGUAAAUAACAACAAGAUCACAUUUCUAGAAAGGGCCGUGCCAAACCAAGAUGUUCAUAUGUUGAGUUCUCAAGUUAAUCUGUCCUGCUUAACAGAGAAGACAGCGAGAGUUACUAACCAGGCAGUAUAUGUAAAUUCUCAACCAGAAGCUUCAGGCAAGGAAUCUUCUCACAAAUCAAGGAUAACUUCCGUAGAAGGAAAUAAACUUACUUCGAAAAAUUGCAAGGUCACUCCUGCUCUUUCAAGCUUAAAAACUUCAAGGUUGAGUGCUAAGUUGUUGUACUUCCUUCUUCUGUUCUCUUUAAUUUCUUGCGGAGAACGUUUAAAUAAUUUUGUUUAUAUCGGGAACUUUGGAGCUAACAGGAUUCUAACAACUUCUUUAAACCAAAAAGAAACAAACUCCAUAGUAAGCUCUGGCCAGAGCAUUCAGAUACAGGGUAAUACAGCAUCAAAGAAUGACAAUCCUAUUGACAUCGGUAACAAUCAGAAGCCCUCAACCACAUUCUUGAAGAGAAAAACUAUUGAGGUUUCAGAAGCUGAUUUUACAUCGUUGAGGUCCCUAAAACGCAUCUCUCAGACCCUUAGUAAAAGCAGAGAUUCCAAAGAAUCUUCAGAUGAAGUUAUUGGAGAGGUGGAGAGUAUACCCAACAAUUUACUUAACAAUCGUUCAACCCCUGGACUUAAAAGUCCAUCAGAGAUUAAAGUGAUGGAAGUGGAAAUACCUAAUUCUAUACUCAUGGAAGAUAACAGCAAUGUUGAAAAGGCUGAAGCUUACAUGAAAGAACUUGAAGAUAUUUGUAACAUGCUGAAAAAGAAGCACGAGGAAGCAAAAGACUUGUUAAUUCGAGCCAUAGUAAACGACAAUAACUUGCUGAUGCUUAAUCACCCCAUUUAUGAAGAAGAAAUUCGGAAGGUUCAGAAAUUUGCUUCGCAGUUGAUGUCUAAGGAGAUCCAAACUUGAUCAGCUACAAAUUAUUGCAUUCGAAGGUAUGCAUGUUGAAAGAUCUUUGAUACGUGUUGCCUAUUCUAAACAAAAAUGUUCAGGUAUCAGUAAUCAUCUGAAUUUAAGGACUAAAUACAUGUAUUCCUUCAGCGUUAUCUGAACUUAACUGACAUUUGUUUUCCUUACAAUAAGAAAUUAUGAAAAAAUUUCAU